AUGGAUUCCAUAGCCCCGAUUGAGCUCCACCUCGAGCCUGACACAGAGCUGGCAGAUGCCGAUACAAUACCUUUCGACGCAGAGGAGAUCCGGAACUGCAAGAUCGUGACGAGUGUAUCCCGUGCCCGAUAUGGCAAGUUUCGGCAAAGCGAUGCGUGUUUCCUUGUUGUCAAGGUCGAAUUCCUGCCGUUCUACAACAUUCGAUUCAAGUACGCCGAAAUUGAGUUGCGCCUCGUCAAGCCUUCUGGUCUGGCUCAGGGUCCAGCUCUGCCCCAACAGCCGGCGGUGGCAGCCUACGCCCCUAAACGCUGGCAGGGUGUGCAGGCGGCUAAGAACAUCCAGAAAAGUAUCCAUACGGGUGUCAACACAGGCAUCGCGACGCAGGCAGUAACGGGAGUCAGUGCCGGGGCCGAGGCAGGGGUAGAUCACACAGUCCAGUAUGCUGAGAUGCGGCGUGCGUGGGUCGAGUCCGAGCUCGAGCAGACAAUGGUCACUUGGAGGCUAUGUGAAAAUGAUGUGACUCACGAGGGCAUUCCUAAGCCCUUUUUGGGCGCCGUCAUCGUUUCUGCGACGGACAGUGUCGCGAUCCGCAUGAGGUACUACGUCAAGCUCUCCAAAUCUGUGAAUCCACUCUCAUGGACGGCGGGCCAUGCCCGGAUGUCCAAACCGCUUACUCUAGAUCGAGCAACGAUUGGCCAAGGCCUGGGUCCAGACGUCGAAGGCAUUGGUGCUAUGGAGCAAGAUACCUUCAAGCUCGAGGAUUUCGCUCCGACGAACUGGACUCUGUGA